AGAUUUUUUUUUUUUUUUUGGCGAUUAAGCUUUUUUAUACCCAUUAUUUUUAAUCAACCCCACACACUCCCCCGCCCCGCUCCCACCCGACUGCGGUGCGUGUGCCACCAGGGGAGGAUGCGCGGCUCCCCCAGCCCCAGCCCCGGCAGCUCCGGCCACGGCGGCGGGGCGCGGGGCGCCGCGGAGGGCCGCGGGGUCGGGGGCGCGCUGGGCCGCACCUGGCCGCGCCGUGCUGUGCCCCCACAACUCCGCCACCUCUCCCUGCUGCCCCUCGCUGCCUGAGCGCCCGCUCGGCCGUGCCCGGCAGCGCACACGCACCGAGGCGCUCACUGUCUGACUCGCAGCACUCUGCCGAGCUGCCCAGGCUGCCGAGCAGCGCCGCCAGGAGUCCCCUUCCUUCCUCCCUCCCUCCUUGUCCUCCUCCCUCGCUCCCGCCGCUCUGAAGGAUGCCCGGCUCAACGAGUGUUAUACCAUUUCAGCAGAGAUGCUUGAUUUUUCCAUCUGCAUAUCUGGAGUUUCUUUAUGCCUUCACCGAUCUUUUCAUUAACCACUAAAGACUUCUUGAGACUGAAUACUGGAACAGAUGUGUUAAAUUCUUCCUGAAUGUUCUUCAUCAAACAUCGAUGUACUAGACUUUCUGGAUGUGCACAAGGACACAAAGACUUAAGAAGUCCUGAAGAUUGAUGGAGGGCCAUGCUAUUCAAACAGCAGGUGUUGCUGAGACAGAAGCUCUUUCUGCUAGGCAGCCUUGCUAUUGGAAGUCUCCUAUAUCUAGUUGCCAGAGUUGGGAGCUUGGAUAGACUGCAGCCCCUUUGCCCCAUCGAUGGUCAGUUUGGACCCCGUGGUCAGGAAGAAAUUGCACUGCGAGCUCUGCAGUUCAAGCGAGGGCUACUCCAUGAGUUCCGAAAGGGCAAUGCUACAAAGGAGCAAAUACGACUGCACAAUCUGGUUCAGCAGCUUCCCAAGGCCAUCAUCAUUGGGGUGCGGAAAGGAGGCACCCGUGCACUGCUAGAGAUGCUGAACCUUCACCCUGCAGUGGUUAAAGCGUCUCAAGAGAUUCACUUCUUUGACAAUGAUGAGAACUAUGCCAAGGGGAUUGAGUGGUACCGGAAAAAAAUGCCUUUUUCUUACCCUCAUCAAAUAACAAUUGAGAAAAGCCCUGCAUAUUUCAUCACUGAGGAAGUACCUGAGAGGAUUUACAAAAUGAACUCCUCUAUCAAGUUAUUGAUCAUUGUCAGGGAACCCACCACAAGAGCUAUUUCUGAUUAUACUCAGGUGCUGGAAGGCAAGGAAAGAAAGAACAAAACCUACUACAAAUUUGAGAAGCUGGCAAUUGAUCCUAAUACCUGCGAAGUGAACACUAAGUAUAAGGCAGUGAGAACCAGCAUCUACACAAAACAUCUGGAGAGGUGGUUAAAAUACUUCCCAAUUGAGCAAUUUCAUAUCGUGGAUGGAGACAGGCUCAUCACAGAACCACUACCAGAACUCCAGCUGGUCGAGAAGUUCCUAAAUCUUCCUCCAAGGAUAAGUCAGUACAAUCUAUACUUCAAUGCCACCAGAGGGUUUUAUUGUUUGCGAUUUAAUAUUGUAUUUAACAAGUGCCUGGCAGGUAGUAAGGGACGCAUUCAUCCAGAGGUGGAUACCUCUGUCAUUACCAAAUUGCGCAAGUUCUUUCAUCCUUUUAAUCAAAAAUUUUACCAGAUCACUGGGAGGACUUUUAACUGGCCCUAACCUAAACUUCAUAAAAAACUUUCUGUUGCACCUGAGACAUGCAGUAAUGUCUCUGCUAAAAUAUGCACUUUUCAAAGACACGGCUAUCAAAGUGACUUCUUUUCAUGCAUACGUGUAUAUAUGCAGUGUGUGACCAAAUAUACGGUGGGAUAAAUUUUUUCUACAUAGUAACUAACAUAAAUUUACCAUCAACAUAUUUGUGUCUUUUAAGAUAUACUAAUAAAGGAAAAGGAAGUAUUUAGGGAAACAAAGUCAGACACCAUUAAAAGGGUCAGUGUUCCUCUUGCUUGGUGAAGCGUUUGUGUGACAUAAUUAUUGACCUAAGCAGAAUGUUAGUUUAUGCCAUACAAAUUCAUGUCAAAAGUCUGUGAAGCUGUGAGAAAGAAUAAUAUUCAGGCUAUAUUUGGUAUGUAUAUUGCUGAAGGAAUACUGACACUUUAAAUAUAGUGCUGAAUUUUUACAAUGAAAGUGGAUAGUACUAUUUUCUUAUUAUUUGAAAUUAAUAACUUAUACAAACUACAUUGUUUUGGAGUUCCUGUGGUGAGUUUGCACUAUUGUUUUAAUGUAUGGACCAUAGUGUCACUUGUAGCAUGUCAAUCAUGUGUCAAAGAAAGGUCAAAUAAGUUUUUCUUCUAUGCUUGUGUGUCAACAAAGAUAAACAUCAUGUACAUAGUGUACAAUGUUUGUAAAUACUGGUUUCACACUAAGUAAUUCUAUUUUGUAAACUGAAUAUGGCUAUUUAAUUUAUUGUGAAAAUUAAAUUUAUUGUGGUAUUUAAAAAUGGAAUGGAUUAAAGUUACCUAUAUGUGCAACUGCUUUUUUACUGUUGUUUAAUGUACAUCACUGUGGGGCUUUAGCCCAGAUAAAUCAUGUGCACAUACAUGUGAGAGUUGCAUGUGUAUAUUUGGUUUCUAGACAGUCAAGAAAACCGAUACAUGAAUUGAAGCUGAGUUUAUUAAAAACUCGACCGUCUGGGAAUCUGGUGUUUUACACAGCUCAAAGAACAUUAUUGCUGUUCUGUUACAGCACUUUGCAAUAAUUAAUUCAGUUGCAGUAGCCCAUGAGGCUAAAGAAUGACUGUAAAAGUUUGCUAUAAACAGGUAUAUCAGAAACACAGAACAUCCAUUGAAACCAAAACAACAGACAGACAAAGCAGAUUAGGAGUUAUAGAGAUUUCACUACUGAAAGCUGGUGAUGUUUCAGAAGUCAGGCAAAACUGUUGUGAUUCUUCUGCUUUUAUCUGAUAACAUGCAUCUGUUCAGAAACAACCACAGUGUUGUUAUUACUCAUGUAAACAUAUAGUUCAUGUAUCCAUUCAGUAAGUUAUGAGAAAUUAAUAGAGGAAAUGAGUGUUUUAAUGCUUUA